GGUAAAGAUGUAGCUGAGAUACUUGGCUAUAGUAAAACAAGAGAUGCAUUAUCACGUCAUGUUGAUAAUGAGGAUAAAAAACAAAUAUUUACUUAUCAUACCAGCGUCCACAAAACGGGGACGGUGGCUCCAAGUGGUAGUAUGUGCACUUAUAUUAAUGAAUCCGGUUUCUAUUCCCUUGUAUUAUCCUCAAAAUUAGAUACAGCCAAGUCGUUCAAAAGAUGGAUAACCUCAGAAGUUCUUCCAUCCAUCCGUAAAUAUGGUUAUUUUAAAAUGUUUGAUAGUCCUUGGAAUAAAAUGUUUAAAAUAGAAAAUGAGACAGAUCUUCAUUACAAAGUUAUACAGCUAAUUAGAAAUUAUUAUCCUGAUUCUAUAUUAGUAGCUGGACUGGGAGAGAAUCAAGAUACAGAGGACAAGAGACUAGAUUCCUAUAAAAAAGGAUAUCAACGAGGUCAACCAGAUAUAAUGAUUUUAGAU